AUGAUGAAAGAUAAAAGACAGGAUACAAUAUUAAAUACGAAUAUGCGUUUAAGUUACGUGGAGAAAUGGUUAUCUGCACGGGCAGAAGCUUUAGAUUUACAGCAUCGUGUGGAAAUGAAACCAGCACCCAGUCAAGAUAUCGAGAAACACGUCCACGAUCAAGUGGUCGAGGCUUAUAAACUUCAGACAAAGGAAAGAGAGGAUUCAUUAUUUUAUUGGCAAGCUCGCUACGCAAAAGAUACAGCUGAUUUAACUGCCAGAUUAAAUAAUCAAUGUGAACGCUUGAGGGAAGCGGUGUGUCGGCGAACCGAGCUGCAAAAAUUGUUCGAUCUACACGAGGGAGAAAUGCGCGCAUGGCUGACUUUUAAAAGGGAGCGCGCAGCUAGGCUCGCUCGUGAGGAACGCUCGCGCGUGGCCGCCACGCGCAUUCAGGCGUGGUGGCGUGGUGUCAUGGUGCGGCGCUGCCUUGGCGUAUUCCGACAAUUAAAGAACACCAAGAAAACGCCUAGUAAACUGAAAAGGAAAUAA